CUCUCUGUUUUAGACAAAUAUCACUUGCUGUGCCAUAGCACAUGGAUUUCAGGACCGCCUGUGAAGAGACAAAGACAGGGAUUUGUUUGCUGCAGGAUGGUAACCAGGAGCCUUUCAAAGUGCGGCUGCACUUAGCCAAAGAUAUUUUGAUGAUCCAGGAGCAGGAUGUGAUCUGCGUGUCUGGUGAGCCUUUCUAUUCUGGUGAAAGAACAGUAACAAUUAGAAGACAAACUGUGGGAGGAUUUGGAUUAAGUAUAAAGGGUGGAGCAGAACAUAAUAUUCCAGUGGUCAUCUCUAAGAUUUCCAAAGAACAAAGAGCGGAACUUUCAGGAUUGCUCUUUAUAGGCGACGCAAUUCUACAGAGUAAGUUUUCUCUCUAUCUUUUUGAUAACAGAUUAAUGGAAUUAAUGUGAGAAAAUGCAGGCAUGAAGAAGUGUUUGUUCGGUGGAGGAGGAAGAGGAAAGGAGAGUGGAUCCUAUGUAUUUUUCAAUAGUAUCCAGUGAUGGGCUGUUCCAGACAGAUAC